AUGAGGAUAUGGACCUGCAAUACUCCGAGACUCAUGCGCGAGGGGUUUUACUGGGGCCCUGGCGAUGUCAAUGAGGCUAAAGGAUAUGUCGCGCUGAACGACAAGGUCAGUUCUCGUGCUUGGGGAUUGGACCGUCGUUGGAAGCACGUUCGAGUAUAUGAGCUCCAGCCACAAGGCGACAAGGUGGAAUGGCUUGGUCACAUAUUGGUAUUUGCACAAGAAGCUGCUGCUCUGGCUCAGUUUGAUCUCAGCUAUAUCACACCGGAGAGGGCCGUGAAGAUGACAGCAACCAACUGGCAGAAAAGACUUGUCUACUUGGCUGAUCGGCGUCGACCUGAUCUCAGCUUCAAUACGAUCUACGGUUCGAUGCCCUUGAAGGGCUGGUGGGUUUGGCCCAAGGCGGAAUCAUCUAUCAGUGAACGAACAACAGCAGCUUCAGGGAGCGAUUUUGCCUUGGAAUGCCCGAAGAAUAGUCCAACAACGGGUCCCAGCGGCAUCACGGAGCGAUACAUCAUGUUCGUGUGCGUAGAUAGAGACUUGCAGGCUCCCAAGCCCUAUUCAAAAGCGGACAAAAAGAGAGAGGGAGACCUGAAAGAAACCGUACAAAUAGGACAUGCUCUGUUGAUAAAUCUAAGUGAACUGCUGUGUCUUUGA